ACAGUAAAAAGAAUCUUCUUAUAACAUCAAAAUAUCCACAUGUUUCAAUCAAGGAAAAAACAAAGUUUGUUUCUCAUCCUCAUUUACUCCAUUUUUGCUAAACAAAUUGCUUUCACCUGUGGUAAAGAAUUGAAUUAUUUAUGAAAUUUCUGAUAACAGAAAUUUGAAACUAUGAGCCUUCUUCCCGGCUUAACACCAACAAUUAUGAACCAGCCAGACCCUCUUAUCUCCCACCCAAAUCCCAAAACCCAAUCCAUAUUUUCUAAACCAAAUCACCAAGCCUCUCUCAAAACCUUAGACCCUGUAGUCUCAUGGACCUCUUCAAUUUCCCGCCACUGCCGUGCUGGCCAAAUAUCAGAAGCAGCUGCAGAGUUUACGCGCAUGAGACUUUCCGGGGUUGAGCCAAAUCACAUCACUUUCGUUACCCUUCUUUCGGGUUGUGCUGGUUUUCCAUCAAAAAGUGGAGUUUUGAGUUCUUUGAUUCAUGGGUAUGUUUGCAAAUUGGGGUUGGAUAAAGAAAAUGUGAUGGUGGGCACCGCGCUGGUGGAAAUGUACGCGAAAUGUGAACAAGUGGAAGUAGCUAAGCUGGUUUUUGAUGUGAUGAAUGUGAAGAAUUCGUUUUCAUGGAAUACAAUGAUUUACGGGUAUAUGAGGAAUGGGGAAUAUGAGAAGGCGGUUGAGGUGUUCGAUGAAAUGCCUCAAAAAGAUGUAAUUUCUUGGACUGCCUUGAUUAAUGGGUUUGCUAAGAGGGGUUUUUAUGAGGAAGCAUUGGAUUGGUUUCGAGAAAUGAUGAUUUUUGGGGUUGGGCCUGAUUAUGUGUCCAUAAUAGCUGUUCUCACAGCCUGUGCUAAUUUGGGAACUCUUAGUAUUGGCUUAUGGGUUCAUCGGCUUGUUUUGAAACAAAGUUUUAGGGACAAUGUUAGAGUAAAUAAUUCAUUGAUUGAUAUGUACUCACGAUGUGGGCGUAUAGAAUAUGCUCGUGAAGUUUUUGACAGGAUGCAGAAGCGAACAUUGGUGUCGUGGAAUUCAAUCAUCGUGGGGUUUGCUGUUAAUGGGCUUGCGGAGGAAGCUUUGAAAUAUUUUGAUUCAAUGCAGAAAGAAGGGUUUAAGCCGGAUGGAGCCAGCUUUACUGGAGCACUUACUGCUUGCAGCCAUGCAGGUUUAGUGGAUGAAGGGCUCCGCCAUUUUGAUAUUAUGAAAAGAGUUUAUAGAAUACCCCCUAGGAUUGAGCAUUUCGGUUGCAUAGUCGAUCUUUAUAGCCGUGCUGGGAAGUUGAAAGAAGCAUGGGAUGUAGUAAGAAAUAUGCCCAUGAAGCCAAACCAAGUUGUAUUGGGGUCAUUGCUAGCUGCAUGUAGGAAUCAUGGCGAUAUUAGCUUAGCUGAAAGGAUAGUGAGUAACCUUGUGGCAUUGGACCCUGGUUGUGAUUCCAAUUAUGUACUUCUUUCAAACAUAUAUGCAGCAGUUGGAAGAUGGGAGGGAGCAAGCAAAGUUAGGAGGCGAAUGAAAGCACUUGGGAUACAAAAGAAACCAGGUUUUAGUUCAAUUGAGAUUGGUGGUUGUGUUCAUGAAUUUGUUGCUGGUGACAAGUCACAUAUCAAAAAAGAAUGUAUUUACAUGAUGCUAGAGUUGCUCUCUUUGAUUUAAUGUCAUCUGGGUAUGCUCCUGAAACUGUUGUAAGAAAAUUAUAUGAAAGCGAUUAAACCUAUCUGUGAGUAAUAAAGAAACAAGAACAUUGAUUCUUUCAUAGUUAGGCGAAUCACUUUCAAUGUUAGUUGUUUUUUUCUUUUUAAAUGGUAUUAAUAGCAAAUUUGCAAUGGCGAUAGAGAGAUUAUUGAUAAUGCUGGAGGAGUCAAGGUUUAAUUAAAACUUGAACCUCCGUUUUGGAUGUGAGAUGUGGUUAUCAAUUAUCAUUGCCACGAUCAUUGCCAUUAGAAAGAUUUAUGCGAAGCGCCAUAUGAAAGCUU